GAUGUUGCUGCCAGAGUGGCAGCGAUGGUGAAGGGCAGCCGAUGACUCAGAAUCGUGACGAGGAGUUGCUGGAGAUGGUGGUCGAGAGGCUAGAGCCGGUUGCCGGUCAUGUUUGUCGAUGGCCUACCGGCGCAAGGAGCGAAUGAAGCUCUCCACUUGUCGUCACUCGCCAUGCUUCGAAUUUCGCAGAUGCUCAGUGACAGUGCGGGCAUCGCAAGCAGCUGCGCUUAUCGGGAGCGAGCUGUGAGAUGUGAGAUUUCGGGAUGCAGCUGAACGCUGCGAGAGUUCAGUGUCGUCGAUCGUGGUCAGUGGACUUUCGACCUUCAGGGUUUCAGUCGUUUUAUUGGCUCGAAUAAGAAGGCGAAUGAGCUCGGUUCCCUAGUCGGAUCAACAGGCUCAUGAAUCCCGUGAUCUCGUCCCAGCUCGAUGCUUUGAAUCCUUCGCAGAGGCAGAAACUCAAGUGUCGAGAGAAGGUUUCGUGAAUCAUGCCAAUGGAAUGGUGGGGUGUGUAGUUCGUCCGGUAGAACUUCGAGUAGGAGAAUGGACCCUUGGGAGUUUGCCUUCGAGCACGGCAUUCCAGCUUAUGUGUACUCGUUAUUUGCAGCAUCUAACGUCCCAACUGUCAUCUUACAUCAGUCAGCUGGAAUCAGCAAGCAUUCUAAAGCUACCGAGAAACACUCCAGCCAUCGAGGUGGCAGAAUCCCCGAGCUAUUACGAUCUGUCUUGGUGCAUGCACCCGGGAAGUCGUGCCAUUCUGGAUAAGGUGGCCAAAACCUAGAGACUGAAGCCGGAGAAGCUGGAGGUGGCAAGAGAUGUCCUCUAGGACUGCGGCAACAUGUCAGGAGCUUGAGUGAUGUUCGUGCUCAGAUCAUAUGAGGAGGCGAUCGGCCGAGAAGUCUUUUAGCAGCACUGGAGAAGGAAGCGAUUGGUGACUUUUGCUAGGAUUUGGAACAGGUCUAAUCAAUGAAGUCUCUGUUUUGAAAGCAAUUGCCACCGGUCCGUGAACUUUUGAGUUCAGACAGAUCAAUCAGACCACCCCUGAAAUUAUAAUCCUCUCGUCCGCAGUUACGACAACACCAUGGCGUUGCAUGGUCAGGAACCAGUACGCUUAGUAGUGACGACUCAAAGAGUCUUGAAGGCACCUGGAACCUGAAGCCAUCAUAUCGUUCGUCUGUGGUCACACACGAGGAUUUUGCCGUAUUCUGAGAACGGAACCAAGCCAUAAAGGUAGAUCACAGCCCAAGACAUCAAUCGUUCUCUUACACCUUUCAAUUAUUGUUGUCUCGAAGGAGGAGAUGAUCGAGACGUGUAUCUUAUAUCGACUGUACAUAGAAAGCAAAGCUCCAUCAACUUGCAAACACUCCUAUCUGAAGCCGUAUUCACAAUUAUCUUCUCUAUUAUGCAAUCUCUUGGAGAAAAUGUCGAUAAUAUGUGGAUGUUCAAAUCAGAUACAGUAUCACCUUCAAUCAUCAUCAUGCAACAAUGUCGAAUCGCCAGGCUGGAAAUGAUAUACAAACUGCAAUCGUGCUUUCAUGGAGUAGUCAGAUGUCGU